UACUGCUUCUGCUAACAGGUUUUUCCUGCAUCUGGGAAUUAGGACUCUGGGUGGUUCAUGGCAGGAAUCAGCAUGUGGGAGUCUUCUCAGUAGCUGGUUCCUGCUCUUCCCAGAAAAGGCAAGGUAAAAAUGCUGCAGCUUUCUGUGGACUUCAGAUAUUUCAGUGCUGAGAGUCUUAAAAAAAAUAUAUUAAUAAGGAACAUUAAAAAUCCGUGGAGUCUUAGAGGUUUUUGAACUGGUAUUUUAGUGACAACGUCUCCUGGCUGACCUGAGCUGGAGCCACAGACCCCUGGUGGCUCCUGGAGGGAGCAGUGACAAAAAAGUCCCUUUUUUCUGAAGUCUGCUGCAGUGGUUUCCAGCUCAGCAGAGCCCUGAAGGUUCCACCACCCCAUGGCUGCUGGAUGGCACAUGUGAAACAGCUCCAAAGGGUCUCAGCUGAACUCCCAGCCCCUCCAGCUGCACUCCAGGAAGAUCCAGGUGGAUGCUCUGCAAUGAAUUCAGUGCUCACACGCUGCUGCUCAAGAGGUUUUAGCGAAUGGAGUCACUUUCAUUUGCUAUUUGAAAUUAUUUGCUGUUUGUUUCUGCUCCCCUGCAGCCCAGUGCAGGAGUGCAGGCCAGGUGAAACACAAAAGUUUUGGGGCAGCUGUGCCCAGCAAACGCAGAGGCCGCACACAGAGGGAUCAGGGGGAGCAUUAUCAGGCCUCUCGCUGCUCUCCGUGGGAUUUCUCGGCGCUGUUGGGUGGAGUUUUUGUGGCGUUUUCUGCCUCGGACACACGGUGGCGAUGGAAAUCACCUUUUCCUGCACAGCUUCGGGCUUUGGACUGCUCGGACACGAGUGCUGCCAGGCUGGCAGUGUCACCGACCCCCUCACCCGGGCUGAUCCGUCCUGUGUUUGCACUGGGGGUGUCAUCAGAGCCUGGUCAGGAGAGGUGGAACCAGCACUUGGCGUCACGAGAGUUCGUUUUGGAAGUGGCUCACUGCUCAGAUUGCACGGAUAUCAAGAGUGCUGAGAGGCCAGUUUGGGGGAGCCAUGGAGGAGCCUUCUGAAGCCAGCAAAGGCGCGGACGCGAGCGCUCACUCGCGCUUCAUCAUCGGCUCCGUGUCCGAGGACAACUCGGAGGAUGAGACCAGCUCCUUGGUGAAGCUGGACCUGCUGGAGGAGAAGGAGAGGUCCCUGUCCCCUGCCUCUGUCUGCUCUGACUCCCUCUCCGACCUGGGGCUUCCCAACGCUCAGGAUGGCCCAGCCAGCCAUAUGAGGCCCAGCAUGUCUGGUUUGCACCUUGUCAAGCAGGGCCGGGACAGGAAGAAGGUGGAUGUGCAGCGAGAUUUCACCGUGGCUUCUCCAGCAGAGUUUGUAACUCGCUUUGGAGGCAAUAAAGUUAUUGAGAAGGUCCUGAUAGCAAAUAAUGGCAUUGCAGCAGUGAAGUGCAUGAGGUCCAUCCGGCGCUGGUCCUACGAGAUGUUCAGGAACGAGAGGGCCAUCAGGUUCGUGGUCAUGGUCACCCCUGAGGACCUGAAAGCCAAUGCAGAGUACAUUAAAAUGGCAGAUCACUACGUGCCAGUCCCAGGAGGACCCAACAACAACAACUAUGCAAACGUGGAGCUCAUCCUGGACAUUGCCAAGAGGAUCCCAGUGCAGGCUGUGUGGGCUGGCUGGGGCCAUGCAUCAGAGAACCCCAAACUGCCAGAACUUCUCCACAAAAACGGGAUUGCUUUCAUGGGUCCUCCCAGCCAAGCCAUGUGGGCCUUAGGAGAUAAAAUUGCUUCUUCCAUCGUGGCUCAGACUGCUGGCAUUCCAACUCUUCCUUGGAGUGGCAGUGGCCUUCGUGUGGACUGGCAGGAGAACGACCUGCAGAAGCGCAUCCUGAGCGUUCCCCAGGAGCUCUACGAGAAGGGCUACGUCAAGGACGCCGACGACGGCCUGCGGGCUGCUGAGGAGGUUGGCUACCCUGUCAUGAUCAAGGCUUCUGAAGGAGGAGGAGGAAAAGGAAUCAGGAAAGUGAACAAUGCAGAUGACUUCCCCAAUCUGUUCAGACAGGUUCAAACCGAAGUGCCAGGCUCUCCCAUCUUUGUGAUGAGGCUGGCCAAGCAGUCCAGGCACCUGGAGGUGCAGAUCCUGGCAGACCAGUAUGGCAAUGCCAUCUCCCUCUUCGGCCGCGACUGCUCCGUGCAGCGCCGCCACCAGAAGAUCAUCGAGGAGGCUCCAGCCUCCAUUGCAACCUCAACAGUGUUUGAGCACAUGGAGCAGUGUGCAGUGAAGCUGGCCAAGAUGGUGGGGUACGUGAGUGCAGGCACUGUGGAGUACCUGUACAGCCAGGAUGGCAGCUUCUACUUCCUGGAGCUGAACCCACGCCUGCAGGUGGAGCAUCCCUGCACUGAGAUGGUGGCAGAUGUCAACCUGCCAGCAGCGCAGCUCCAGAUUGCCAUGGGGAUCCCCCUGCACAGGAUCAAGGACAUCAGGGUGAUGUAUGGAGUUUCUCCCUGGGGGGACACAACCAUUGAUUUUGAGAACUCAGCCCACGUCCCCAGCCCCCGUGGCCACGUCAUCGCUGCCCGCAUCACCAGUGAGAAUCCUGAUGAGGGGUUUAAGCCCAGCUCUGGCACCGUUCAGGAGCUGAAUUUCCGCAGCAAUAAGAACGUCUGGGGCUAUUUCAGUGUGGCUGCUGCAGGAGGGCUCCAUGAGUUUGCUGAUUCUCAGUUUGGGCACUGCUUCUCCUGGGGGGAGAACCGUGAGGAAGCCAUCUCAAACAUGGUGGUGGCUCUGAAGGAGCUCUCCAUCCGAGGGGACUUCAGGACCACUGUGGAAUACUUGAUCAAGCUGCUGGAGACAGAGAGCUUCCAGCAGAACCGCAUCGACACGGGCUGGCUGGACCGGCUCAUCGCCGAGAAAGUGCAGGCUGAGAGGCCUGACACCAUGCUGGGGGUGGUGUGUGGGGCCCUGCACGUGGCUGACGUGAGCUUCCGAAACAGCGUCUCCAACUUCCUGCACUCCCUGGAAAGGGGCCAAGUCCUCCCUGCUCACACUCUGCUCAACACGGUGGACGUGGAGCUCAUCUACGAGGGACGGAAAUACGUGCUGAAGGUGACCAGGCAGUCUCCCAACUGCUACGUGGUGAUCAUGAACAGCUCCUGUGUGGAGGUCGACGUGCACCGCCUGAGCGACGGGGGGCUGCUCCUCUCCUACGAUGGCAGCAGCUACACCACCUACAUGAAAGAAGAAGUGGACAGGUACCGCAUCACCAUUGGGAACAAGACCUGUGUGUUUGAGAAGGAGAAUGACCCCUCCAUCCUGCGCUCUCCUUCCGCUGGGAAGCUGAUCCAGUAUGUGGUGGAGGAUGGGGGACACGUGUUUGCAGGCCAGUGCUUUGCAGAAAUUGAGGUGAUGAAAAUGGUGAUGACGAUAACAGCAGGAGAAUCAGGCUGCAUCCACUAUGUCAAACGCCCAGGGGCAGUCCUGGAUCCAGGCUGUGUGAUUGCCAAGCUGCAGCUGGAUGAUCCCAGCAGGGUUCAGCAGGCUGAGCUGCACACAGGUACCCUGCCCCAGAUCCAGAGCACGGCGCUGCGGGGCGAGAAGCUCCACCGCAUCUUCCACUACGUGCUGGACAACCUGGUCAACGUGAUGAAUGGCUACUGCCUGCCAGAGCCCUUCUUCAGCAGCAAGGUGAAGGGCUGGGUUGAGCGAUUGAUGAAGACCCUGAGGGAUCCAUCUUUGCCCCUGCUGGAGCUUCAGGACAUCAUGACCAGUGUUUCUGGGAGGAUACCACCCAAUGUAGAGAAGUCCAUCAAGAAGGAGAUGGCCCAGUAUGCCAGCAACAUCACCUCCGUCCUCUGCCAGUUUCCCAGCCAACAGAUUGCCAACAUCCUGGACAGCCACGCGGCCACCCUGAACCGCAAGUCGGAGCGCGAGGUUUUCUUCAUGAACACCCAGAGCAUCGUGCAGCUCGUGCAGAGGUACCGCAGUGGCAUCCGGGGCCACAUGAAGGCCGUGGUGAUGGAUCUGCUCCGGCAGUACCUGAAGGUGGAGACUCAGUUCCAGCACGGUCACUAUGACAAGUGUGUCUUCACCCUUCGUGAGGAGAACAAGAGUGACAUGAACGCCGUGCUGAACUACAUCUUCUCCCACGCCCAGGUCACCAAGAAGAACCUGCUGGUGACAAUGCUCAUUGACCAGCUGUGUGGCCGUGACCCCACCCUGACAGAUGAGCUGAUCAAUAUCCUGACAGAGCUGACCCAGCUCAGCAAGACGACCAACGCCAAGGUGGCCCUGCGAGCGCGGCAGGUCCUCAUUGCUUCCCACCUGCCCUCCUACGAGCUGCGCCACAACCAGGUGGAGUCCAUCUUCCUGUCAGCCAUCGACAUGUACGGCCACCAGUUCUGCAUUGAGAACCUGCAGAAACUCAUUUUGUCUGAGACAUCCAUCUUUGAUGUGCUUCCCAACUUCUUCUACCACAGUAACCAGGUGGUAAGAAUGGCAGCUUUGGAGGUGUACGUGAGGAGAGCCUACAUUGCCUACGAGCUCAACAGCGUCCAGCACCGCCAGCUGAAGGACAACACCUGCGUGGUGGAGUUCCAGUUCAUGCUGCCCACCUCCCACCCCAACAGGAUGUCCUUCUCCUCCAACCUCAACCACUAUGGGAUGGCUCACGUGGCCAGUGUCAGUGACGUGCUGCUGGACAACUCCUUCACGCCGCCGUGCCAGCGCAUGGGCGGGAUGGUUUCCUUCCGCACCUUCGAGGACUUCGUCAGGAUCUUUGAUGAAGUCAUGGGAUGCUUCUGCGACUCUCCCCCGCAGAGCCCGACGUUCCCCGAGGCCGGCCACGCUUCUCUCUAUGAUGAAGACAAGAGUGCCCGGGAGGAGCCCAUCCACAUCCUCAACGUGGCCAUCAAAACCGACAGCGACGUGGAUGACGACGGCCUGGCUGCCAUGUUCAGGGAGUUCACCCAGAGCAAGAAAUCAGUCCUGAUUGAGCAUGGCAUUCGGAGGCUGACUUUCCUUGUAGCACAAAAGGACUUCAGGAAACAGGUCAACUAUGAGGUGGAUCAGAGAUUCCAUAGGGAAUUCCCAAAGUUCUUCACCUUCCGUGCCCGGGAUAAGUUCGAGGAGGAUCGGAUUUACCGGCACCUGGAGCCCGCCCUGGCCUUCCAGCUGGAGCUGAACCGCAUGAGGAACUUCGACCUCACGGCCAUCCCCUGUGCCAACCACAAAAUGCACCUCUACCUGGGGGCUGCCAAGGUGGAGGUGGGCACAGAGGUCACAGACUACAGGUUCUUCGUCAGGGCCAUCAUAAGGCACUCGGACCUGGUGACCAAGGAAGCCUCCUUUGAGUACCUGCAGAACGAGGGCGAGCGUCUGCUGCUGGAGGCCAUGGAUGAGCUGGAGGUGGCCUUCAACAACACCAACGUGCGCACGGACUGCAACCACAUCUUCCUCAACUUCGUGCCCACCGUCAUCAUGGACCCCUCCAAGAUCGAGGAGUCGGUGCGCUCCAUGGUGAUGCGCUACGGCAGCCGCCUCUGGAAGCUGCGCGUGCUGCAGGCCGAGCUGAAGAUCAACAUCCGCCUGACGCCCACGGGCAAGGCCAUCCCCAUCCGCCUCUUCCUCACCAACGAGUCGGGCUACUACCUGGACAUCAGCCUCUACAAGGAGGUGACAGACUCCAGGACGGGACAGAUCAUGUUCCAGGCCUAUGGAGACAAGCAGGGACCACUCCACGGGAUGCUGAUCAACACUCCCUACGUGACCAAAGACCUGCUGCAGUCCAAGAGGUUCCAGGCACAGACUCUAGGGACAUCCUAUGUCUAUGACAUUCCUGAGAUGUUCAGGCAGUCUCUGAUCAAGCUGUGGAACUCCAUGAAUGAGCACGCCUUCCUGCCACCAGCACCACUGCCCUCAGACAUCCUGACCUACACAGAGCUGGUGCUGGAUGACCAGGGCCAGCUGGUGCACAUGAACAGGCUGCCAGGAGGAAAUGAGAUUGGCAUGGUGGCCUGGAAGAUGACCCUGAAGACACCCGAGUAUCCAGAGGGCCGGGAUAUCAUUGUCAUUGGCAAUGACAUCACAUACAAAAUUGGCUCCUUUGGGCCCCAGGAGGACGUGCUGUUCCUCAGGGCCUCGGAGCUGGCCCGGGCUCAGGGCAUCCCCCGCAUCUACGUGGCUGCCAACAGCGGGGCCCGGAUCGGGCUGGCCGAGGAGAUCCGCCACAUGUUCCACGUGGCUUGGGAGGACCCCGACAACCCCUACAAGGGUUACAAAUACCUGUACCUGACUCCUCAAGACUAUAAGAAAGUCAGUGCCCUGAACUCUGUUCACUGUGAACACGUGGAAGAAAAUGGAGAGUCCAGGUACAAGAUAACGGAUAUUAUCGGGAAGGAGGACGGGCUUGGAGUAGAGAACCUCAGAGCAUCUGGCAUGAUUGCUGGAGAAUCAUCUUUAGCCUAUGAUAGUGUUAUCACCAUCAGCUUGGUCACGUGUCGGGCAAUUGGGAUUGGGGCCUACAUCGUCCGGCUGGGCCAGAGAACCAUCCAGGUGGAGAACUCCCACAUCAUCCUCACGGGCUGCGGGGCCCUCAACAAGGUGCUUGGACGGGAAGUUUACACCUCCAACAACCAGCUGGGAGGGAUCCAGAUCAUGCACAACAACGGGGUGACCCAUGACACUGUGUGUGAUGACUUUGAAGGGGUCUACACCAUUCUGCAGUGGCUUUCCUACAUGCCAAAGAAUAUCCACAGCCCUGUGCCCAUCCUGAAAGCCAAGGAUCCCAUAGACAGAACCAUUGACUUUGUUCCCACCAAGACCCCCUACGACCCUCGCUGGAUGCUGGCUGGACGCCCCAACCCAAAUCAGAAAGGGCAGUGGCUGAGUGGCUUCUUCGACCAUGGCUCGUUCAUGGAGAUCAUGCAGCCCUGGGCACAGACAGUGGUGGUGGGGAGAGCAAGGCUGGGAGGAAUACCUGUAGGAGUGGUUGCCGUGGAAACGAGGACAGUGGAGCUCAGCAUUCCUGCUGAUCCUGCAAACCUGGACUCGGAGGCCAAGAUAAUCCAGCAGGCUGGGCAGGUGUGGUUCCCUGACUCUGCCUUCAAAACAGCCGAGGCAAUCAAGGACUUCAACAGGGAAGGGCUGCCCCUGAUGGUCUUUGCCAACUGGAGAGGCUUCUCUGGGGGAAUGAAAGACAUGUAUGACCAGGUGCUGAAGUUCGGGGCCUACAUCGUGGACGGCCUGCGCGAGUACCGGCAGCCCGUGCUCAUCUACAUCCCGCCGCAGGGCGAGCUGCGCGGCGGCUCCUGGGUGGUCAUCGACCCCACCAUCAACCCCCGGCACAUGGAGAUGUACGCCGACAGGGACAGCAGAGGAGGGAUCCUGGAGCCCGAGGGGACGGUGGAGAUCCGGUUCCGCAGGAAGGACCUGGUGAAGACGAUGCGCAGGGUGGACCCGGUGUACAUCCGCCUGGCCGAGCGCCUGGGCACCCCCGAGCUGAGCCCGGCUGACAGGAAGGAGCUGGAGGCCAAGCUGAAGGAGCGGGAGGAGUUCCUGGCGCCCAUGUACCAGCAGGUGGCCAUGCAGUUCGCUGACCUGCACGACACCCCCGGCAGGAUGCAGGAGAAAGGCGCCAUAACCGAUGUCCUGGACUGGAAAACGUCCCGGACGUUUUUCUACUGGCGGCUGCGGCGGCUGCUGCUGGAGGAGGCCGUGAAGAGCAAGAUCCACGAGGCCAACCCCGAGCUGACGGACGGGCAGAUCCAGGCCAUGCUGCGCCGCUGGUUCGUCGAGGUGGAGGGCACCGUGAAGGCCUACCUGUGGGACAGCAACAAGGACCUGGUGGAGUGGCUGGAGAAGCAGCUGACGGAGGAGGAGGGCGUUCGCUCGGUGGUGGAGGAGAACAUCAAAUACAUCUCCAGGGAUUACGUGCUCAAGCAGAUCCGGAGCCUGGUCCAGGCCAAUCCCGAGGUUGCCAUGGAUUCCAUCGUGCACAUGACCCAGCACAUCUCCCCCACGCAGCGAGCCGAGGUCGUGCGGAUCCUCUCCACAAUGGACUCGCCUUCUUCCACGUAAGAGCCUGGGCUGCCCGGCGGAGCCCGGAGCCGGGAGCUGCCCUUUGUCCGCUCGGCCCCGCCCGGGGGAGGCUCCGGGAGCGCUGCUGCAGGGACAGUUUUUAUUUUUUCAAAUCAGGCUGGCCAGAGGAAGCGUGUCCUUUGGCCAGGGACACGAGGAAAAUGUAUAAACACGAGCGCCUGCGGAACU